AUGCCCAAGAGGAAGGCUGAAGGGGAUGCUAAAGGAGAUAAAGUCAAGGUGAAGGAGAAACCAGGGAGAAGAUCCGUCAGGUUAUCAGCUAAACCUGCUCCUCCAAAACCAGAGCCCAAGCCUAAAAAGGCCCCUGCAAAGAAGGGAGAGAAGGUACGAAAAGGGAAAAGGGAGAGCUGA